AUGGCCGCCUCCACCAGCUCCAGCGCUAGCUCAGCGCCCUUGUCUCGUCGCACAUCGUACAACCGCCACAUCCGUGUCAGCUCUGGCUCAUCCAGUGCUAGCGCAUCUAGCUCGCGACCUCGCUCAUCACGAGGCAGAAGCACAUCGCCGCUCAACCCGGCCAAGCAGGAAGCUGCCGUUCAGAUGGCGGCCAAGCGUGCCUCGGCAUCAAGCGUCGGCUCCACAGCAUCUUCCUCGUACUCGACCGAGUCCAAGGCGGCUGACACAACAGCUGCCACCUCGACCAUGUCGGCCUCCUCGUCUAGCAGCAAGAUCCCCGCCGACCUCCGUGCCAUGCUUUUUGAAGAAGAGUACCAAGAGGAGGUGAUCGAGCACAUGCUCCACAUGGAGUCGCAGACCAUCGCCGCAGUCGAGCUGAUGGAUGUUCAGCCCGAGCUCAAGUGGUUCAUGCGCCCUUACCUUGUCGACUUCCUCAUCGAGAUCCACCAGACUUUCCGCCUGCGACCCGAGACUCUUUUCUUGACCAUGAACAUUGUCGACCGCUACGUCUCGAAGCGCAUCGUCUACAAGCGUCACUACCAGCUCGUGGGCUGCGCGGCGCUUUUGAUCGCGGCCAAGUUCGAGGACGCCAAGGACCGCGUCCCUACGGUCAAGGAGCUCAGCCAGAUGUGCUGCAAUGCCUACGACGAGUCGGCAUUUGCCCAGAUGGAGGGCCACGUGCUUUCCACGAUCGGCUGGACGCUGGGUCACCCCACCGCCGAGUCGUGGCUCCGAAUCGAGAGCGUCCGCGGCGGCGAGGAGCUCAAGACGGUCAACCUCGCUCGCUUCCUGCUCGAAGUCAGCCUGUUCCACCGCGAUUUCAUCUCGCUCAAGUCCUCGGCGCUCACCAAGGGUGCGCUCAUCCUGGCACGCUUCAUCUGCGGCCUUCCCCAGUCGAACAAGAUCUCGCCCACGGACGAAGCGGCCAAGGCGGCACACAUGCUCGACGCCUACAUCUCGGACAACCUGCAGGAUCUGUCGUUGAUUCUGAUCAAGAAGUACUCUUACGCCUACUUCUCCACCGCUUCGACCACUGUCUGCGACUGGUACCGUGCUCGCGUGGAUGCAGCCAAGUCGGCACCGCCCUCGGGCUUGCUGCCUGCCCAAGCGCUCACCCGCGAUGCCGAGGCCGGCGUGCAGGAGGUAGACGACGACGAGUCAAUGUGCUCGCACCCAACCACGCCUGCAUCUUCGACCCAGUCGACGCCGUCGCGCUCGAUGGACGAGGACGAAGAUGAGGACGAGGAGGACGACAUGCCCGUCACGCCUCUGUCGCUCUACUCGCUCCACGACCCGUUGGUGGCUGCAGCCAACGCUGCCGGUCUUCCUGUGCCCAUGCCUUCUUCGCGUGCCUCUGUGCAGAACAAGGCGAGCUGCAUCUCGACGCCAAGCGCCAGCACGACCAAGUCUGCCUCGUCGCAGCUGCCUGCGAGCAAGAGCUCGUCGACGCACCUGACGGUGCAGCAGCCCAUGCUCGGCGCAAGGAAGCCGCUUAGCAACGUGGUCUGGAACGUCAACGUCCAGCAGUUCUAA